AUGUUGCCUUGGCAGGAGGAGAGACUUUCGGUGGAAGAGGCCUUGGACGUACGGGUGCGAAUACAUCAUCUGGACCGCCUGGAGGCUCCCCACCUGGUGUCCAUGGGGAGCGGCGUAACCAUGGAGAAGAAUUGCGGGGAGACCUCGCGUGACGCCACUCGCGUCGUAACCGACCUCGCCGUUGUUCCUUCCUCAUCUGCUGACGGAUUCAUAAGCGUCAUGGAAUCUUCCCUGAAAGUCCGUCCAACAUGGCCAAAUGGGCAAAAUGGGUCACCCGCCGCUCGUUUACCACCUGGGUACGAUAUAUUAUCUCAUGUCGUGAGCGCCCUCCGGGUCGGAGAGGCGUGUGAAACUUUUGACAGCGAGCUGAGCGACGACGCCGUCCUGCGUCAUCACUUCCUCCUCACCUCGAUGAGGAAUCCGCCCCAGCAUCCCCUACCCAAACGACCCGCCUUGACCUCCUCGGACGGCACGGGGUGGCGGCUCGGGUCGAGCUGUGGGGUCCCGGCCGGGCCUCCUCUGAGCAGACUUCCCGUUCCGCAUGAGCGAGAGUUGGAGAGAGUGAGCUCGCUGUUGUUUGGCCAGCCCCGACCACCACCUCCUCCUCCUCCUCCUUCUUCAGACAGCAGGAAUGUGGGAUGUCUGGAGUGGGGGUCAGGAAGCCAGGAAAGAAUGCCAAGUAUGUCCAUGUUUGUCCAGGGCUGCCCCGCCUUCCUCCGAGCGAUCCACUCGAUCCAGGAAAAGGAAGACUUAAAACUCUUUUUCAAGAUGUUCAAGAACGUGAUUUUCUUUGCCUGCACGCUCUUCUGGAGCCUGGCCGCGGCUCAGGAGUGCGACGGCCGCUGCUCGUGUCCAUCGACGCCCCCUGAGUGCGCGCCGGGCGUCAGCCUGGUGCCCGACGGAUGCGGAUGCUGCCGGGUGUGCGCCAAGCAGAUGGGCGAGCUGUGCACCGAGAGGGACGCCUGCGACACGCACAAGGGACUCUACUGCGACUUUGGCUCGCCUGUCAAUAGACGCAUCGGAGUAUGCACAGCACGAGAGGGCGCCACCUGCGUAUUCGGCGGGAUGGUGUACAAAAGCGGCGAGAGCUUCCAGAGCAGCUGCAAAUACCAGUGCACGUGCUUAGACGGCGCGGUGGGUUGCGUGCCCCUCUGCUCCAUGGACGUACGCCUCCCCAGCCCCGACUGCCCCGCCCCCCGCCGGGUGAAAAUUCCCGGCAAGUGCUGCGAGGAGUGGGUUUGCGACGCCCCGCGACACACCAACACCUUCAUGGGCUCCGUUCUACCCGCUUACCGUGAGGAGGAGACGUACGGGCCCGACCCUUCUCUAAUGAGGGAGAACUGUUUAGUUCAGACCACCGAAUGGAGCGCUUGCUCUAAGACCUGCGGUUUGGGCAUCUCCACAAGAGUCACCAAUGAUAAUCGCGAGUGCCGUCUGGAGAAGCAGACUCGACUGUGCAUGGUGCGACCUUGCGAGUCCCAUCUGGAGCAAAGUAUCCGAAAAGGGAAAAAGUGCAUCCGCACUCCCCGCCUAUCCAAACCCAUGAAGUUCGAAAUCUCCGGCUGCACCACCACCAAAUCCUACCGGCCCAAAUUCUGUGGCGUGUGCCUGGACGGCCGCUGCUGCACCCCUCACAGGACCACCACCCUCCCCAUGGAGUUCAAGUGCCCCGACGGGCAGGUGAUGAAAAAGCACAUGAUGUUCAUCAAAUCCUGCGCGUGCCACCACAACUGCCCCGGCGAGAACGACAUCUUCGAGUCCAUGUACUACAAAAAAAUGAUGGGCGACAUGGCGUGA